AACUCUGCAACUUUUGCUAUUAAAAGAUGGCGGACGAUGAUAUCGAUAUCGAAGGAGAGUUCGACUUCAAAAGCGAAGUUGGAGAUGGUCUUUAUGACACAAAUGAGCUACCGUCAAAAAGUGCUAACUUGUUGCCAGAAUUUACAAAUCCGCCAUGGAUGCUAGAGCAGGGUUGGUCGCUGGAUAACUGUGUGGAUGAGAAAUCAAAGGCUACAAUAGAAAAGAUGUUGCUGGAAGAGCAACAAUAUUUAAAUGGCCAGAAAAAAGGGAAAUAUAUAGGAGUCAGCAAGUCUAUGCUGUUAGUGACAUCUUCACAGUCUGAAGGUGAAUCACCUCCUAAAAGACAGUGGACAGAGGAAGAGAAAAAGUUGUUUCUAAGAGGUCUGGAACUGCAUGGCCGAAGUUGGAGCAAGAUUGCACAGCUUAUCCCAUCACGCACUCCCAUGCAAGUGAAAAACUAUGCACAGCAAUAUAUGAAGAACAUGGCCAGAAGAGCUGAGCGAAAGGUGUCAGAAGGAAGAGAGGUUCUAGAUUCACACUCAGUGCUUGCCACAGCAACAAUCAACCUCACCUCCAUAUCAGCAUCAGAAGCUGCUGUAACCACAGCGCAGCCAACCAUCACCACCUUACCUCAUCAUCCUUCUGGUCUUGCCAUUCACAAGAAAAACAAACUAAAUUAUCGCCCAGCAAAGCAGUCACAUUUGCAGACUUAUGGUUUAACUAGAGUUGUCAGUGACUGCGCAGAAAAUUCAGUUUCAAACCAUGGACCCACCAUAAAUAAACACUCUCUGCAACAUCAAGCUCAUGUUAAUAUCAAGAAGCCUAGCAAACAUGGGAUCAGUUCAGGAAGCAAAGACAGAACCAUGGUAGCUGUUUGUGAAGAUCUGAAACCGGAGAAAAAAGACAGUGCUUGCAAUGCCAGUGCUAUGAUCAAAGAGAAGGAGGAAUCAGAGAAUGAAGAAAUAGACAUAGACAUUGAAAACGAUGAUGGAGAUGACAAUGCGAUCCUCCAAAGUCGCUCCACAUCGCCCAGCUCAGUGUAUAGCAGACUGCUGCAGCAAGCAAAUGUGCAGCCGCUAGACACGGAAGACCAAAGCAAGGACAAUGACGAGUUGCAAAGAGAAAGCAAAGAGGGCAGUUUACUCAAGCAUGAAGGUUCCUUUGAUCAAGAAGUAAAGAAACAUGGUCAUCCAGAGGAUAAUGACAGCAACCUGAUACAGAUGAAUGAUGGAGCUGAAAACAGCUCCAGUGGAGAGACCGUGGAGAAUGAGGAGGAGUUUCACGAGGAAGAGGAGGCUUUGACCAGACCAGAUGCAAAGCCAGUGGAAAACGGAAUCGUUGCAUCCAGUGGCGAACUGUUUGAGUUCCCUAUUCCAAGUGAAGAAAAACUCUUGGCACCAAACACCAUUCUCGAGGAGGAGAAACUCGUGCACUCAGAGUUCUUUGAUGGCAGGCCUUUGAAAACCCCAGAGAGAUAUCUGAGGAUACGGAACUAUAUUUUAGAUUGCUGGAAGAAGAGUCAGCCAAACUACCUCAACAAAACAUCAGUACGACCAGGUUUAAAAAACUGUGGGGAUGUCAACUGCAUUGGUAGAAUACAUGCCUACUUAGAAUGCAUAGGUGCAAUCAACUACGGUUGUGAUCAAGCUGCUUACAACAACAUCAGUCGAGCUGUCGGCAUAUUACAUAAACCAAAGCAGGCUGGCAAGGAGCUGAAACAAAUGCUUUCAGCAUCAAAGUUAGAAGCAAUGAGACCCAGAAAACGAAGAAUACGUGAUUCAAGUGGUUUAUGGGUAAACGAAAAGGAGUUGGAAGGAAAAACUAUUGAACACAAGCCAGAGAAAGAAGGGUCAGGGCAACCCAAGGCUGGUCGGCCUCACAAAGUCGUGUAUGACCCCUUCAAGCUGGUACCAUGUCAGUUCUUUACUGAGGAAAAUCAGGCUCCCUUCACUUUAGAGGUUUUCAGUACAGCUCUGGCUGUAAUGGACAUUCAUGCACACAUCUCACGUACUGAGGUGAUUGGUAUGCUCGGGGGACAUUACAAUCAGGAGUCUUCACAUCUGACCAUCAGCAUGGCUGUGCCUUGCAAGAGCAUCAGCACUGGGAUGCAGUGUGAAAUGGACCCAGUGUCACAGACACUUGCAAGUGAGCACAUUGAAGACGUGGGCAUGCAGGUUGUGGGUUGGUAUCACUCACACCCCACUUUCACUCCCAACCCAUCUGUACGAGACAUAGAAACGCAGCAAAAGUUCCAGUACUGGUUUGCUAAGGGUGGCAGUCAUUUUGUUGGCAUUAUUAUCAGUCCAUACUGUCCACAUAACAGUAGUGUUGUGUCAGACAUUCGAUGUCUUACCAUUGGACAAGACAUGGUGAAGGAGUUUUUCUGCCAUACUCCUUACCAAUUCAGCUACACUGUCCCCUACAGAGACAACCUGCGUGAAAUUUUGGGUCCUGCAAGUGAACUUGCAGAAAAGUAUUCCACUUAUCCAAAUCGAGUGGCUCUCUCCAGCAUGUACAGAUCUUCUCUGGGAAUCACUUGCUUAUCAAAAAUGCUUCAGUCAGUAAAGCAUCACUUGGAGCCCCAGGACUCUAGACAGUGCACAGCAAACAGCCGGCGGAAGGUGGAGGACAUUCUCCACUGGCUGGAGCAGAUUUUUCUUGAGAAGUUCUCACUGUCGCCAUCACAGUGCUUACAGUUCCCCAACGAUGCCGAUGUAAUCACACCUGUGGAUUCUGAAGAUCCUUCUUUAGACUGCAAAGUGCAAGUUUAACAGAAAGUCUUCUAUGCCUGGAAAUUACAUUCAGAGACAAUGUGCUGGUUUGGAAUUUACAAUUAUAUACAUCUUGCAUGUUAAGCCACAUGGACCUGAUUAUUGGUGGACCUUAUGAAACAAAGGUUUGAAAUGCAUUUUCAUAUCAUUUAACAUGUCACAAGAAAGAUAAGUAAUGCCAGGGUGUGCAGCAACGAGCAAAAAGAAUGACAAAAAUUGGAGAUUUCUUUUUACUCAAUAGUGGCCUUCAUUUCAUUACUGACAUCAUAAUCUUGCAAUAUUUUAGAAACAAGUCUCAAAGAGAAGCUUUGAGACUCAAAAUGUGCUUUUUGUAAUAAUCUGUUCAAAAUUUUGUGCUCGAUAUUAUUUUACAGUCAUCCAGGUGAUGCCUUUUCUGCUGGUCUAUUUGUCUUGUAUUGUAAUAGCUUCUCAACUGCCUGAGGAGAGAGAACAAUUUUCUAUCACUGACCAAGAUGUGCAGAAUUAUUUUCACCUACAAAAUAUUGGUACCAUGUUCUGCAUUUAUAUGCAAACUUUGGGCAUUAUGUGAAUCAUUAAUGAAGAUUUUUCAAUUAA